AUGGUUGAUCCAGUAAAACCAAUUACACCUCCCCUGGUACGUUCACCAAAUACUAACAUUACAACAAAAACUCCAACAACUCCUCCACCACAAGAAGAUAAUCCAAUUUCACUCAAAGUUUCCAAAAUUUUACUUAAUCCAAUAGAUGAUACGAAAACCAAAAUUGCAUUAGAAGCUUUAUCUGAAUUUUAUAAUCAUGAUGAUAAUAAUAAUUCUAUUAUCGCUCGUAGGAAUUUAAGAGGUAAGAUCGAACAAAAAGCUAUUGAAACUAAUAGAAAUUUUUUAGAAAUUUUUGCGGUUAUUGAAUCAGAAGUUAAAGAUAUGAAUACUUUUUGUGAUGAAAUUGGAAAAGGUUUGGAAUCUGCCAAGAAACAAACGGCUGUAUUAUUAGAACAAAGUGAUGGUUUAAAGUCUCAAAGGGAAACGUGUAAAAUAAGGAAAAUUUUAAUAGAUGCAUUCUUAAAAAGGUUUACUCUCUCUGAAAAAGAGAUCCUUGUGUUAACAUCACUUGAUUCGGAGGUAGGAAUUGAAUUCUUUGAUGCUUUAAGGCAUUUACAACAAAUUCAUGGAGAUUGUGAUGCACUUUUAAUUACCGAGAAUCAAAGAGCCGGUUUGGAAAUUAUGGAAAGGAUGAAUGCUUGUCAAGAAACGGCGUUUGACAAAUUGUAUAGAUGGACACAAACUGAAACUAGAAAUUUAGGUAGGGGAUCGUUGGAAGUGCCAAUUACGAUGAGACAAGCACUAAAAGCUUUAAAACAGCGGCCUGUUCUUUUUCAGUCUUGUUUAGAAGAACUCGUUCACAUUCGACGAAAUUCCGUGUCUAGAGCCUUUAUGGAUGCUUUAAUAAGAGGAGGUCCCGGAGGAACUCCUAAACCUAUUGAAUUGCACUCGCAUGACCCAUUACGUUAUGUUGGUGAUAUGUUGGCAUGGAUACAUCAAACUGUAGCUAGUGAAAGAGAAUUUUUAGAAGGAUUAUUUGAACCCAAGCUAGAUUUGAUUGAUGAAAUCACUCAAGAAGAAAAUUUAAUGAGAGAAAGUGACGAUAUUAUUAUACAAGAUUUGUUGGAUCGGGACCUUGAUGGAACUUGUCGACCACUUAUGACUCGUGUAGAACAAGUUAUAGGGUCUCAAAUUGGUGCUAUAACAGGAUAUAGAAUUUUAAAUUUGAUUCAAUUUUAUAAAAUUACCAUUGCAAGAAUUUUGGGUCCCAAUGCAAAUUUAUCCAAUACGCUUGAAAUUAUUACAGAAACUGCAUCCAGGGUGUUUUAUAAUACUUUAAAUACCAAAGCCGAACAAUUAUUGAGAUUUAUUCAAACUCCAAGUCCUGAUUUGUCCCCACCACCUGCAGUAAAAGAAGUUUUAUUACAAUUGAAAGCUAUCAUGACAUCAUACGAGACCUCUUUAGUUACAGCAUCAGAAAGGGAAGCAGAUUUUAAAACAGUUUUGGAUGCAAUAUUAGAUCCUUUAUUUCAAAUGUGUGAAUUAGGUGCAAAAGAUUUAACUAGAUUUAAUCAAGCAAUUUACAUGGUUAAUUGUCUUCAUUAUGUUCAGUCUGAUUUAACCUUGUACGAUUUCACACACGGUCGCGUUAUGGAUAUUGAGAGAAGAAUUGAAGAAAAUUUGGAAAUCUUGGUUGAUGAACAGUAUAUAAAUCUCUUAAAGCAAUCCGGAUUAAAACCAAUUGUACAAGCAAUAGAAACAAAGGAUGAAAAUACGCCAUUAUCACUCGUGCAUUAUAUGGAUCCAAAAUCAUUAACGAACAUAAUGGCAAGAUUAGAUUCAUUUUUAUCAUUGACAGAUAGUGAUACUUUUAAACUCAAAGGUCAUCCAAAACCAUUAGUUAAAAAAGUGAAUCUAAGAGUAAGUAAGAUGUUUAUUGAAGCUUAUCGAAAAGUUAGCAAUGCUAUUAGGGAUCCAAAAAAUCGAUAUGAAUUUCCAAAUACAAUCUUGAUUAGAACGGUCGAUGAAGUUGAGGCCAUUUUAAUGGCAGAUUAA